AUGACCAGUGAGUUCUCUUCCUCAGACGGGAGGGGGGGGGGAGGUGAACUGCUGUCUGGGCUGGUAAACCCUCCCCUGGGAUGGGUGUCUUCUCCAGACAGGCUGGGCUGGCUAGUGGAUGGAAGUGAGGAGAAGGAGGAGGAGGAGAGAGAGGUCAGGCAACAGGCACUCUGUCAGUCUGGCCUCUCAGAGGGUCCACAGUGGCCAAUUAGUUAGGAGCCUUAGAGUGCUUUGGCACGGCAGGUCCCCAGUCAGGACUCGCACCUGCAAAGGAGGGGGGUGGGGCUCUGUGUCCGAUAUAACAGGCCCAGUGCUGAGCCGUUGAGCUUACAUAGACACACACAGUCAAAGAGUUACAAAACUGUCUAAAACCUGUUACCUGAUCUCCUAUCUGUUUAUUCCUGCUAAUGAGAGUGGAUCUGAGAUGUCUUUAAAAUGGAUUCUGUGCAUUUCAGUGAUUUGUCUGGAUCUUUCCGCAUACACAGUCCACCGCUACAGGGUGCUGAUGACAGCUAAAAUGCUUCUUCCCUCAGUGGAACACUGCUGUGCUGAGUGGUGAAAUGGGUUUUGAUGUUCAGGCUUUUUAUAACUCAGAGGGUCUGUCUGCAAUCUCCAGUUGUUUCCUGUGUGAUUUCAUUCUUCAGUGUCAGUCUCAUUGCAGAAGUAGGCUAUGUGCUAAGAGGGUAUCUAUUGCCUGUAAGGCCGAUUCCACGCCAGAGUAGGCAUAAAAUAUUUUUGGGAUAAGUACUUUUGAGAAAUUAAUAUUAAUAGUUUUAAUGUUGAAAAAAUGAAUGUGAAAAUGUGUAUUUCAGAAUCGAGAUAUACUCCAUAUGUUAGAACACACUAUAAGGAGUAUAUUGACACCAAGUUGUUGUCUGUAUCAUGUACGGUUCACAGAUCAUAGGGUCUUACAGGAGGCAUGUAUAGGUCUAAAAAGUGCCUAAAAUGGCCACUUUCAUCAUGUUUUUUUCUCAAAAAUGGUUUGUGAUUCAAAUGUAAAAAGCAUGUCAAACAUCCUUCCUCCCAAUGAAGUUUCUAUGUGAGAAUUACCAGAACUAACUGAGAUGACAAAAAAAAAAUCUGUCUACGCUGGCGUGGAAUCGCCCGUCUAUAGCACAGUUUCCCAAACUCCAUCCUGGUGCCCACCCUGGGUGCACGUUUUGGUUUUAGCCCUAGCACUACACAGCUGAUUCAGUAACCAACUCAUCAUCAAGCUUUGAUUAUUUGAAUCAGCUGUGUAGUGCUAGGGCAAAAACCAAAAUGUACAGUGCAUUCAGAAAGUAUUCAGACCCCUUGGCUUUUUCCACAUUUUGUUACAUUACAGCCUUAUUCUAAAAUGGAUUAAAUUGUUUUUUCCCCCUCAUCAAUACCCCAUAAUGACAAAGCAAAAACUGGUUUUUAGAAAUGUUUGCAAAUGUAUUAAAAAUAAAAAACUGAAAUAUCACAUUUACAUAAGUAUACAGACCCUUUACUCAGUACUUUGUUGAAGCACCUUUGGCAGCGAUUACAGCCACAAGUCUUCUUGGGUAUGACGCUACAAGAUUACCACACCUUUUUUGGGGGAGUUUCUCUCAUUCUUCUCUGCAGAUCUUCUCAAGCUCUGUCAGAUUGGAUGGGGAGCGUCGCUGCACAGCUAUUUUCAGGUCUCUCCAGAGAUGUUUGAUCGGGUUCAAGUCCGGGCUCACUCAAGGGCAUUCAGAGACUGGUCCCGAAGCCACUCCUGCGUUGUCUUGGCUGAGACAAUGCAAAUAGUCCGGGUAGCCAUUUGAUUAGCUGUUCAGGAGUCUUAUGGCUUGGGGGUAGAAGCUGUUAAGAAGCCUUUUUGAUCUAGACUUGGCGCUCCGGUACCGCUUACUGUGCGGUAGCAGAGAGAACAGUCUAUGACUAGGGUGCCUGGAGUCUUUGGCCAUUUUGAUGGCCUUCCUCUGACACCGCCUGGUAUAGAGGUUCUGGAUGGCAGAAAGCUUGGCCCCAAUGAUGUACUGGGCCAUACGCACUACUCUCUGUAGUGCCUUGCGGUCGGAGGCCGAGCAGUUGCCUUACCAGGCGGUGAUGCAACCAGUCAGGAUGCUCUCGAUGGUGCAGCUGUAUAACUUUUUGAGGAUCUGAGGACCCAUGCCAAAUCUUUUCAGUGUCCUGAGGGGGAUUAGGCUUUGUCGUGCCCUCUUCACGACUGUCUUGGUAUGUUUGGACCAUGAUAGUUGAAAAAAAAAAAAUGAAAAAAAAGAAAAAAGAUAGUUAGUUGGUGAUGUGGACACCAAGGAACUUGAAGCUCUCAACCUGCUCCACUGCAGCCCUGUCGAUGAGAAUGGAGGCGUGCUCAGUCCUCCUUUUCCUGUUGUCCACAAUAAUUUCCUUUAUCUUGAUCACGUUGAGGGAGAGGUUGUUAUCCUGGCACCACAUGGCCAGGUCUCUGACCUCCUCCCUAUAGGCUGUUGCAUCGUUGUCGGUGAUCAGGCUUACCACUGUUGUGUCGUCGGCAAACUUAAUGAUGGUGUAGAAGUCGUGCUUGGCCAUGCAGUCAUGAGUGAACAAGGGAGUACAGGAGGUGACUGAGCACGCACCUCUGAGGGGCCCCCGUGUUGAGGAUCAGCGUGGCAGAUGUGUUGUUACAUUUACGUCAUUUAGCAGACGCUCUUAUCCAGAGCGACUUACAAAUUGGUGCAUUCAACUUAUGAUAGCCAGUGGGAUAACCACUUUACAAUAUGUAUUUUUAUUUUUAAUUUUAAUUUUUUGGGGUGGGGUAAGGGGGGGUAGAAGGAUUACUUCAUCCUAUCCCAGGUAUUCCUUAAAGAGGUGGGGUUUCAAGUGUCUCCGGAAGGUGGUGAGUGACUCCGCUGUCCUGGCGUCGUGAGGGAGCUUGUUCCACCAUUGGGGUGCCAGAGCAGCGAACCGUUUUGACUGGGCUGAGCGGGAACUGUGCUUCCGCAGAGGUAGGGGGGCCAGCAGGCCAGAGGUAGAUGAACGCAAUGCCCUCGUUUGGGUGUACGGACUGAUCAGAGCCUGAAGUUACGGAGGUGCCGUUCCCCUCACAUCUCCGUAGGCAAGCACCAUGGUCUUGUAGCAGAUGCAAGCUUCAACUGGAAGCCAGUGGAGUGUGCGGAGGAGCGGGGUGACGUGAGAGAACUUGGGAAGGUUGAACACCAGACGGGCUGCGGCAUUCUGGAUGAGUUGUAGGGGUUUAAUGGCACAGGCAGGGAGCCCAGCCAACAGCGAGUUACAGUAAUCCAGAUGGGAGAUGACAAGUGCCUGGAUUAGGACCUGUGCCGCUUCCUGUGUAAGGCAGGGUCGUACUCUCUGAAUGUUGUAGAGCAUGAGCCUACAGGAUCGGUUCACCGCCUUGAUGUUAGCGGAGAACGACAGGGUGUUGUCCAGGUUCACGCCAAGGCUCUUCGCACUCUGGGAGGUGGACACAACGGAGUUGUCAACCGUGAUGGCGAGAUCAUGGAACGGGCAGUCCUUCCCCGGGAGGAAGAGCAGCUCCGUCUUGCCGAGGUUCAGCUUGAGGUGGUGAUCCGUCAUCCACACUGAUAUGUCUGCCAGACAUGCAGAGAUGCGAUUCGCCACCUGGUUAUCAGAAGGGGGAAAGGAGAAGACUAGUUGUGUGUCGUCUGCGUAGCAAUGAUAGGAGAGGCCAUGUGAGGAUAUGACAGAGCCAAGUGACUUGGUGUAUAGCGAGAAUAGGAGAGGGCCUAGAACUGAGCCCUGGGGGACACCAGUGGUGAGAGCACGUGGUGCGGAGACAGAUUCUCGCCACGCCACUUGGUAGAAGCGACCGGUCAGGUAGGACGCAAUCCAAGAGUGAGCCGCGCCGCAGAUGCCCAGCUCGGAGAGGGUGGAGAGGAGGAUCUGAUGGUUCACAGUAUCAAAGGCAGCAGACAGGUCUAGAAGGACAAGAGCAGAGGAGAGAGAGUUAGCUUUAGCAGUGCGGAGAGCCUCCGUGACACAGAGAAGAGCAGUCUCAGUUGAAUGACCAGUCUUGAAACCUGACUGGUUUGGAUCAAGAAGGUAAUUCUGAGAGAGAUAGCAAGAGAGUUGGCUAAAGACGGCAUGCUCAAAAGUUUUGGAGAGAAAAGAAAGAAGGGAUACUGGUCUGUAGUUGUUGACAUCAGAGGGAUCAAGUGUUGGUUUUUUGAGAAGGGGUGCAACUCGUGAAGACGGAAGGAACAUAGCCAGCGGUCAAGGAUGAGUUGAUGAGUGAGGUGAGGUAAGGGAGAAGGUCACCGGAGAUGGUCUGGAGAAGAGAGGAGGGGAUAGGGUGAAGCGGGCAGGUUGUUGGGCGGCCGGCCGUCACAAGUCGCAAGAUUUUAUCUUGAGAGAGAGGGGAGGAAGAAGUCAACGCAUAGGGUAGGGCAGUGUGAGCAGGACCAGCAGUGUCAUUUGACUUAACAAACGAGGAUCGGAUGUCGUCAACCUUCUUUUCAAAAUGGUUGACGAAGUCAUCCACAGAGAGGGAUUAGGGAGGGGGAGGAGGAGGAGGAUUCAGCAGGGAGGAGAAGGUGGCAAAGAGCUUCCUAGGGUUAGAGGCAGAUGCUUGGAAUUUAGAGUGGUAGAAAGUGGCUUUAGCAGCAGAAACAGAAUAAGAAAAUGUAGAGAGGAGGUGUCUAGUUUUCCUCCAUUUCCGCUCGGCUGCCCGGAGCCCUGUUCUGUGAGCUCGCAAUGAGUCAUCAAGCCACGGAGCAGGAGGGGAGGAUCGAGCCGGCCGGGAGGAUAGGGGACAUAGAGAGUCAAAGGAUGCAGAAAGGGAGGAGAGGAGGGUUGAGGAGGCAGAAUCAGGAGAUUGGAGGGAGAAGGUUUGAGCAGAGGGAAGAGAUGAUAGGAUGGAAGAGGAGAGAGUAGCGGGAGAGAGAGAGCGAAGGUUGCGACGGCGCAUUACCAUCUGAGUAGGGGCAGAGUGAGUAGUGUUGGAGGAGAGCGAAAGAGAAAAGGAUACAAAGUAGUGGUCGGAGACAUGGAGGGGAGUUGCAGUGAGAUUAGUAGAAGAACAGCAUCUAGUAAAGAUGAGGUCAAGCGUAUUGCCUGCCUUGUGAGUAGGGGGGGACGGUGAGAGGGUGAGGUCAAAAGAGGAGAGGAGUGGAAAGAAGGAGGCAGAGAGAAAUGAGUCAAAGGUAGACGUAGGGAGGUUGAAGUCACCCAGAACUGUGAGGGGUGAGCCAUCCUCAGGAAAGGAACUUAUCAAGGCGUCAAGCUCAUUGAUGAACUCUCCAAGGGAACCUGGAGGGCGAUAAAUGACAAGGAUGUUAAGCUUGAAUGGGCUAGUGACUGUGACAGCAUGGAAUUCAAAUGAGGAGAUAGACAGAUGGGUCAUGGGAAAAAGAGAGAAUGUCCACUUGAGAGAUGAGGAUUCCUGUGCCACCACCCCGCCGGCCAGAUGUUUUCAGUGGUAAUCCAUGUUUCCGUCAGCGCCAAGAAGUCGAGGGACUGGAGGGUAGCAUAGGCUGAGAUGAACUCUGCCUUGUUGGCAGCAGAACGGCAGUUCCAGAGGCUGCCUGAGACCUGGAACUUCACGUGGGUGGUGCGUGCAGGGACCACCAGGUUAGAGAGGCAGCAGCCACGCGGUGUGAUGCCUUUGUAUAGCCUGUGCGGAGAGGAGAGAACAGGGAUAGACAGAGGCAUAGUUGACAGGCUACAGAAAGUGGCUACAAUAAUGCAAAGGAGAUCGGAAUGAAAUGAACUAAACAUCUGGGAAAGGAGAGAGCGGGGCCUCCCUCACUUACGUUUCACUGAAACACCCAAAUAUAACUCUCCCAACUUCCACCUCAGAAACGAUAAUUGUUGUAAACUACAGCGGUUCAAUGUUUACCUACCCUUACCACCUGGGGGCGGCCCGUCAGGAAGUCCAGGAUCCAGUUGCAGAGGGAGGUGUAUAGUCCCUGGGUCCUUAGCUUGGUGAUGAGCUUUAGUCAAUGAAUAGCAUUCUCACGUAGGUGUUCCUUUUGUCCAGGUGAGAAAGGGCAGUGUGGAGUGCAAUAGAGAUUGCAUCAUCUGUGGAUCUGUUGGGGCGGUAUGCAAAUUGACGUGAGUGCUAUGUGUCGGUAGUCACUUAGGCAGGAUACCUUAGUGUUCUUGGGCACAUGGACUAUGGUGGUCUGCUUGAAACAUGUUGGUAUUACAGACUCAGUCAGGGACAUGUUGAAAAUGUCAGUGAAGACACUUGCCAGUUGGUCAGCUCAUGCUCGUAGUACACGUCUUGGUAAUCUGUCUGAAUGUUGACCUGUUUAAAGGUCUUACUCACAUCGGCUACUGAGAGCGUGAUCACACAGUAAUCUGGAACAGCUGAUGCUCUCAUGCAUGCUUCAGUGUUGCAGUGUCCUUCGUCAAGGAUCUCUCUGUACUUUCCUCCGUUCAUCUUUCCCUCAAUCCUGACUGGUCUCCCAGUCCCUGAUCCCCACAGCAUGAUGCUGCCACCACCGUGCUUCAACGUAGGGAUGGUGCCAGGUUUCCUCCAGACGUGACGCUUGGCAAACAAGCCAAAGAGUUCAAUCUUGGUUUCAUUAGACCAGAGAAUCUUGUUUCUCAUGGUCUGAGAGUCCUUUAGGUGCCUUUUGGCGAACUCCAAGCUGGCUGUCAUGUGCCUUUUACAGAGGAUUGGCUUCCGUCUGGCGCCUCUACCAUAAAUGCCUGAUUGGUGGAGUUCCACAGAGAUGGUUGUCCUUCUGGAAGGUUCUCCCAUCUCCAAGGCCCUUCUCUCCCGAUUGCUCAGUUUGGCCGGGCAGCCAGUUCUAGGAAGUCUUGGUGGUUCCAAACAUCUUCCAUUUAAAAAUGAUGGAGGCCACUGUGUUCUUGGGGACCUUCAAUGCUGCAGACAUUUUUUGAUACCCUUCCUUAGAUCUGUGCCUCGACACAAUCCUGUCUCGGAGCUCUACGGACAAUUCCUUCGACUGACAUGCACUGGCAACUGUGGGACCUUGUAUAGACAAGUGUGUGCCUUUCCAAAUCAUGUUAAAUCAAUUGAAUUUACCACAGGUGGACUCCAAUCAAGUUGCAGAAACAUCUCAAUAAUGAUCAAUGAGAACAGGAUGCACCUGAGCUCAAUUUCGAGUCUCAUAGCAAAGGGUCUGAAUACUUAUGUAUAUAAGGUAUUUGUGUUUUUUAAUUUUUUAAUACAUUUGCAAACAUUUCCAAAAACCUGUUUUCGCAAGGACAGGGCAGGACCAAGUUUGGGAAACCCUGGUCUAUAGUAUGUAAUACUAUUGAAUUUCUGUGACCGUAAUUGUGUAGGAUUGAGAAGUACAUUUGGUGCAGCGCGUACAAGUGUGACUGCAGUUGAAUUAUUCUGUUGCGGUAAAAAAUUUAACUUGGUGGAGAGCAAGACUUGUGUACUGCAUCUCUGUCUGUAUACCUCUCUUUGGUGUGUGUACUUCUGUGUGUGUCUCUGUUUAGUGUGUGUGUUUCCGAGUGAGCUUUUGGAGCUGACUCGUGUUGUGCGUGCGUGUGUGUGUGUGUGUGCAUGGAUGUGUUUGUGUUGGAGUGCUCUAGUAUAUCCUACCUAGAUGAUUUGUAAUACACUCAGGCUAUUGCCCUUUAUCAGUGACUUUGGCACCUCUCCUGACCUUGUGCUCAUCACAGCCCCUUACAUCCCCUAUGGAGAAAGACAGGCUCUUCAGAAGACACAAAGGCCCAGAGAGAGAGAACACACACCCACCAACACAGCAAUGAAUAACAAUGGGGGCUCUCUCUAAGUUUCAGCCUGAAACUCUUAAAUAACAGCAUCACUCUCCUGAUGCAGCACACACACACACAGUCUAUGGCAAUCGUUAGCUGCACAGAUGAGAUCGAUAAACACAGGCAUCAGUUUGAUUGAGAUGUGGGGCUGAUUAUGGGGUGGAGACACAAUCAAAGACAUAAUAUUAGUAUUUUCAUCCAGUUGAGAAUAGAUAUUACUGAUUGAGUGUCCUCCCAGGGUAAUCUCUUUCUGACCUAGUGCUGAUUGUAUUUUCCCAGGAGGCUGUUCUAGGAAGUCGUUUGGGCUUGAUGUUGUUGACCACUUCAAGCUAUAAGGAAUCCUGUUUGUCCACAGGAGCAUGUGUAGUAGCACUCCUCUCUGCAGGUCUGUGUGCCCACCCCUGGAGGCUGGCCACUGGGGCAUUCACUCAGACUGGCAUCCACAGGGGAGAAUUCCAGACCAUUGUCUGCCUAUUCGAUUUGGAAUGAGAAAAAAAUAUCCUUUGUGUUAGGCUUUUACAGCCAAAAGGUCCUCAACCACAUUUCUAACCCUGUCUCAGGUGUGAGAUUCUGUGAGCUGCACAUAAAAUGGUCAUUCAGAUGUGCCAGUAAUGCAUCAAACUGUUCAUUUGAAUGAUUGACCCAUCAUAAAGGCUUUGAUGUGCCAAAUUCAUUAGGGCAUGUGGUAGCACUCCAAGGUGGCAUUAGUUAGACUUAGUCGUGCCACACAUUGUGAGUGGCACUUAUGACCAAUAUGCGACUUCAAUCUGUGUCCAGACAGUGCCUUGUAUUGCCCAGACUUUCUUAGUAAACAUCUGAUGUUACUACAAAGUUCUGUAUGGUUAUUCUAACAGUUAAAAGCUAAUGGUGUGUGUUGGAUCCGGCCAAGCAGCAGGAGAGGAAGAUGCUAAUGUCCAUAUUGACUGACAAUAAAAGUAAAGAGCAAACCUUCCCUACAUGUGUAAUUUCACCUAUCCUUUCAAUCCCUUACAAAGUGCCAAUACAGCAUAGCAUGAUGCCUGUCCUCAAAUUGUCUUCACAUUAUUUAAUCCAGCCGCCUGGAGCAAUAUCCAUCAGAUCUAGUUUUAAUUGAACCCUGGUAGACGACGGCUCCGUACUGUAAGUACAGCAGGUUGUUAUUUUAACAGCUUAGUCUCAAGGUCCUCCCAGUCUGAUAGAAGCUGGGCUUUUUGUUCUGUUAAAAUUAAUAUACAGACGUGUCCUGGUGGGAGUAGAGAGAGACCGGGCAUAUAGGGAAUGUGUGAGUUUGUCCUCUGGCUUCAUAAUGUGGAAGGACAUGCUUUGGUGUGUGUUGGAGUGGGAGACUGUCUCCAUUUCCAAGUUUGUUUACCUCUCUCCAUCUUGCUAGGCUAUGUGUUGAGCAUACCAAUUGAACGUCGUUGCAGUGUCACAUUUCUCAGUCUUUCAGCGACACACAAAGAUGGAAACACAUUCUCACUCAUUACAUUUUACAUUUACAUUUACGUCAUUUAGCAGACGCUCUUAUCCAGAGCGACUUACAUUAUAUAUUUUUUUUCAUACCCCCUGUGGGAAUCGAACCCACAACCCUGGCGUUGCAAACACCAUGCUCUAUCAACUGAGCUACAUCCCUACCGGCCAUUCCCUCCCCUACCCUGGACGACGCUGGGCCAAUUGCGCGCCGCCCCAUGGGUCUCCCGGUCACGGCCGGCUACGACAGAGCCUGGAUACGAACCAGGAUCUCUAGUGGCACAGCUAGCACUGCGAUGCAGUGCCUUAGACCACUGCGCCACUCAGGAGACUCAUACCUUGUCUCUCUCUCCACACACACACACACACACAUAAUGCCAAGCCGUCCUCAAGGGUGAGAGUUUCUCUCCGCCUCAUAGCCGGCGGUCCUCUCCACCACAACGCUCCCUUCAAUGCGCAAGACGGCUGCAGUCAGAAAAGAGAGAGAGGGAGCGAGAGAAUGGAAUGAAAAGACAGGUGGAAAAAGAGAACAUUUUCACGCUGAUUCUAUUUUUAGACUUGCUCCAUUUCGACACUCAGGAUAAGAUCUAAAGGCGUAUACACGGUAAUCGUCUCGACAGAAAUGGGUACAGGAAGACAGAAAAAAUCACAACUCAAACAAAUGUUGGAAAAUGCUGUGGAAAUUAAAGCUCUGCAACCAAACUAUUACAUUUCCCUGUUCAAUACAGUCUCCCAGGCUGGAGUUCUAACCCUCCCCCAUUCAAAUGGUUUGAAAUAAGUUUCAUGUUUGUAUCUCCGUUGUGGACUUAAUUGUACACGGCUACUAAUUGCCUAUUAACUGAGUAUUUUCUGCACAGGUCUCUGUUGUAUCGUUACUCCCCUUCUCUUUUAAAAGUGUAGUAUGUUAUUUGUUUUUACUACACUAGUGUGUUCAUUUAGGUAUUGCUUCACUAAUUGAGGAGUGUGUUUUACACCAAUAGACAGCAAUAUCUUCUGUGUAUAAGUGUCCCAGAGGAUACAGUGUCCAUCGUCAUCCUCUAGUCCAGGGGUGUCAAACAUACAGCCCAAUCCGGCCCGCGGGUGGUUUGAGUAAAACAUUAAAUAAACAAAUAAAAUACAAUUAAAAGAAAACAAUUGUGUGGGAAAACAAACUCAAUAUACUUUAAAAUGACUAAACCCAAAUCAAAACUGUGUAGAAAUGAUAAUGGACCUACAUUCAUACAGUUUCUUGGCUGUGUCCAGCUCGCUAAAAAACACCAAAAUGAAAGCUAGACAGUCGGGGAGCAUAAAAAAUAGAGGACUCUUUUUAGCAAAUUUUGACGGCGAGGAAAUAUAACCAAUUUUCAGUGUGGCCCUCCGGACCUCGGUGAAGACCGAAUGCGGCCCCCGGGGCAAAAAGAGUUUGACAACCCUGCUCUAGUCCAUUUUCAUCUCUGAUUACUUAUGUUGUAGCAUCUUUCGAGGAGUACCUACCUCUGUUGUUUUGUCCGUCCUUGACUGUGUUCCUGUCCGUAUGAACAGUAUCCAUCGAUUAACGCAGGGUGUGUUUGUGCAGUCCCUAACAGCAUCUCUCCCUCUCUCCUCUGUGUUGUAGUGGUCAGCAGGCCUUCCUCCUGGAGAAUGUUCCGUGUAACAACGCCAGCUGUAAGGAUGUGGGCCGCAUGUUCCGUGUCCACUGGGACCAGUCUGACCUGGGGGCCAUCCCCGGGGCCGCCGUCGCCACCUUCUUCGACAUCUAUGAGGAUGUGAGUACAACCCCCACUCCCUCUCUCUCCCUCUCUUCCCCUUGCCACCUUAUUUGACAUCUAUGAGGAUGUGAGCACAACCCUCUAUCCCCUAUUCCUCUCUCCUCUCAACCUCUCCUCCUCUCUCUCGCUCUCUUUCUCUCUAAUUAGCCCAGGCUCCCCUCUUCACGCCUUGACACUGUAACACAACCAAAGGCUCUGCUGAUUAAAGGAAGAUCACUGGUGACCUCGGGCUCUCGCGUCUCAUCAUUAACCAAUUAACCAUCAGCAGAGUUGUUACUACCCCAGCUGUGACUGGGAGUCUGGCAGACUGGCUGCUCUCAGUCACUUUAGGAUUGCCGUUUUUCUCUCUGUCUUGUGGUCUAGAUCCCACCAGCAGCUCUGUUUACUGCUGUGGAUAGGGCAGGUUUGGUCACCCUGACAGUCAUCCAAGUUUGUCAUGUAGUCUCAUUUAUAUCAUCGCAGAGCAGGGUUUAGUGGGAUUUUGUUUCAAUUUGUAUGACAACCCCCACAAAUUCGAAGUUUGAAUGGCACAGAAAUCCAUUGGGAGUGUUUUCAUUAUGUCUGUAAGAAUUGGCUCUUUUCAAUGUGUCUUCCAGUAUGGUUAGUCUUGUUAAUUGUCCUGUUUGUGGGUGGCACUGGAUCCUCUUUUGUCAACAGUCUCCCUGAGAGGCUUCAGCGGCGGUAGCUACAUGAGGCUGUAAAUGGCACGCUCAUGAGGCACUCUCUCCCACACUGGCAAGCAGAUUACGGCAGCAUCUCUCUCUCUCCUAAUCCCACUCCGAGCCGACGGAAGGGUGUGCCAAGACGAGCAUGUUACUGCGGGGCACCAUUAGCACAGGAUGCCAGCCCGGCUCUGGCACAGUGAAGCAACAGGGCCUGACAGACAGAGCACGGUCAUUGUCCCCCUAUUAGGAGCCCAAUCAGCUCACAGCAUAGCCCCCCUCUGAGAUGAGAUGUGUGCAGUCGAGAGGUGUAGAUAAGAUGGGUUGGGCCCAUCAGCUCUUCAGGAGAUUUGGAGAGUGGGCUCUGCUGCAUCUCUAAUCUGGUUGUCUUUUUAAAUCUUUAAAUGGACACGUAGCUUUCAUCCUGACCAAGAUUCACCAUCUGGGACAGCUUACGUCUUAUUUAGUCAAAGUUUUCCUCCACUCCUCCCGUCCUUCUUCCUGAGAGCUCUAUCUCGAUCUGACUUAACCCCAUCACUUCCUGCCUCCCGGUAUCCCUCUCUUUCAUUACCGCAUCCAAGAUGGCCUUGCCUACUUAGAGAUUACAUAAUCUAUGUGUUUGUUUUGGCUGUGUGAUUUAUGUAUGAUAUGUAUUCUAGUGCAAUAUGCCCUGUCUCCUCGUUUCAGUGGAGGGAGUAGUUAUCCAUCUCUAUAUCUAUAUUCCACUCCUGUCUCUGGGAGUUGGCUCAUUUUCUCUGUAAUUCCCUGACAGAGAGUGGGAGAGGAGUGCAGAUAACUGCUGUAAUGGAGGAUCUGUUCUCUGUCCAUAACGGGGAUGAAGUGGUACAUCAGAAGAGACCGUCAAAGAAAGCUUUGACUCCAUCUCCUUUUGUCUGUGAUGUAUUACCACUUCUCAUUUGCAGGGAAUAUUAGAUAUGAUCGUGCUCAGCAAAGAAGAGGGGAAAGAGGGCUUCGUCAUCCACGCUUUGAAGAACAACUUUGAAGCCGACGCAUACUUUGUCAAAGUGAUUGGUGAGUUGGAACUUUCUCCCGCGUCUUCUUUCACCUUCUGCAGUUAG